GGACUAUCAGGAACGCUUGGGUAGCAACGAUGGCAGCACCUACAGCUAUAGAUUUAACGAAAACGGGCCAUUUCACUGAAUUCAGUGGAUCUUCUCCAGAGGAUAUGGCUUAUGCCAAGACGUUCUGGCAGUCAGUACAACUCCAGCCGCCGAUGGAAUCCCGUCUUGUUUCUUCCGACAUAAAACAAAGGCUUAGAGUAGCGCCUUCAGGAACUCACAGCAUGGUAAUGACAGGUGUUCCAAAAACAGAUGAUAAAGUUCUGAAUGACUUCAUGGUCAAAGCUAAAACAAUGGAGAGGUUGGAGGAAUACAGAAUCAUUCAGAAGUAUGCACAAGCUCGAGAACAGGACAUACAGCUUCUUCAAAAGCACCGGGAGGAGAGAAAAAUGAAAGAAGAGAUUUCCAGGGGAAAAGGUUUGAAAAAGAGGAAGGAAGACCAAGCCUUUAUGAGGAGCCACUCAGAGGGAGAUCUAAUUGAGGAAACACCUGAGGAACAACUGAAGCAGUUAGACCUGUUUGAGGCCACUCGUUUUGGCACACAAGACUCAGACUCAGAUUGAAUGAAAACAAUAGUCCUUUAUUCACUGUGAUAUUUAUUUAUAAACAUUGAUAUAUUUUUACCAUUUUUAUAUGGAGAGAGUGUGUG